AUGACCGUCACAUCUCGUAAACGGAAAAUCCAACAUACAUACGCCGAUGACGACGCCGCCCGCUCAAUAUUCCAGAAACAUUUCGAGUCCCAUUUCGCACCCUUACCAGAACCCGUGCGCGUCACGCCGAACACCGCUGCCGAAGCCCACAAGAGCGGCGAAACCAGUGACGACGACGAAGAAUGGAGUGGUAUAUCCGACGAAGAGGAAGAGGCCGUAGAAGUCGUUGACUACGCCUCCAAACCUGACUUUACUUCCCAGACAAUGCGGAAACGUGAACACAGGGCCUUCAUGUCUUCUCGUCCCCCAACUCACCUCGACUCUCAAACAUCUAAAUCGGCCACUUCCUCAAGAGCGGAAUCAUCGACGCCCACCUUACCAGAAGACUCCCGCACCCUUCUCGCCCAAGACCUCGCCCUCCACCGCCUCAUCACCGAAUCCCACCUCCUCGACCCCUCCUCAAAACUACACUCCAAACCCUUCUCCGAGGGCCGCAUCCGCAUGCAUACCACCGACCUACGCCUCACUUCUCUCGCUCCCACGGGUACGGCGAGCAUCCUUUCCCAAGCCAAGAUGCCAAUGGCCAUGAGGAAAGGCAUCAACGCCGCAAAGAAGGGCCGCGAAGACAAGAGAAGGAAAGAAGCCUGGGAGAACGGCAUUGUACUAGAGAGGAAAGGAGGACAGGGUGACAAAUUGGGUAGGAAACGGAAGAGGCCGGACGCAAGGGUCGACUUGCCUAGUGUCGGAAAGAUGCGAGGCUCCGAACUGAGGUUGAGUGAGCGGGAUUUGAGAAGCAUGGGAGGAAGAGACCAUCCUCCCGCGCGUAGGCGACGUUGA